ACGAAGAUCCCGAAAGUCUCAGUACGGCAGUGGAAGUGCUCAAGGACGUGGAAGUCCCGGUGAAACAACAGACGCCAUCCGAGGAGGGCGACAAGGAGGACCGCGAAAUAGAGACGAGCAAGCUAUUGGUGGUCGUUGACGAGAGUUCUCUCAAAUAUCUUGAACAAUACCAGGCUACAAAGGGUGAUCAGGACGAGGCUGAACGUCAAUCCCGGAUCGAGACGGCCCGCAGAAAUCUUGCGUCUGUUCUUCAUGAUCUAGCUCAUCCUACUGUUCCCAGUCAGAAGGAAGACGCUUCGGCCGUUGAUCGUGAGGGCGAUACAGCGAUGCAGGAUGCUGAUGCCAAAAAAGAAGGCGAGGCUGCGGAAGUCGUUACGAUACCAAUCGCGGCUGAGGAUGAACUCGCGGAUAUCCCUCCUGAGAUGCGGGAAAGUGUUGCGAAGGAAAUUGCGGCCUUCCGGGAGCGGAGUAACCGUCGGGAUAUGGAGCGCCUGAAGAGAGAGGAGGAGAUAGAAUCCAUGGAAAGAGCAAGGAAUGCGUCCGGUUCGCGCAUCAACCGACUGGCAUCUCCACCGCCCACGGCGCCUAGCGGGCCUGCCGCAGGAGCCAACGGUGUCCCUCUUGGACCUCGCGCGGGACCUAUGGGAGCUGGCGUGCAAAUUCCCAAGGACUACCAGAAAGGGGUUAGUUUUGUUAACGGAUAUGGCAUCUCCCUUGACCAGGAAGACGAGGAUACCGAUGCCAGUGAUGAAGAACUUGAGCGGCGGCGACAAGAAAAGAGGGCGGCAGAAUUGGAGAAGCAAUAUCUGGACCAGGAGCGCCGAUGGUUGAACCGUGAACGGAGCCGGACGGCCGCGCUGGAACGAGAGAGGAAUCGCGACAAAGAAGAAGAGCGGAAAGCGGAGGAGGCGAGGGAAGCGAUGGCUAAACGGUUGCGGGAAUGGAACGACGAUGUCGAGGCCAGUCGCAAGGUAGAGGAAUAUUAUGCGGAUCGCGGUGCCUGGAUUCGAAGUCGGGCUGCCUUCCGAAGUCGAGAAAUCAAAAUGGAUGAAGCUGAUCGUGCCGCGGAGGAGCGGGAGAAGGCACGAUCCGCGCAACAACGAGAGCAGGCCCGUGGAAUGGCGGACGACUUCCUGGCUCGACAAGCAGAGGAACUCGAAUCGCGGAACCAGGCGCCUCGGGAGCCUCAGCGUUUCAAGCUGUCACUCGGCGCAGCCGCGCAGCAGAAGGCGCAGGCUGCGUCGACCCGUCGCACUGUGGCCGAAGUCGAAGGGUUGCUGGAAGACGAGGAGGAACCAGAGACGACGACAAAGCGCCCUCUUGUGCCGAUCAAGUUCGAUUCUGCGGCGGAAGCAGCUGGACUGUCGGACGAGGAGCGGGCGCAGGCGGCGCGACAGCUGGCGGCGGAGAUUCCGACGGACAAGGAAGGGCUGUGGAAAUGGGACGUCAAGUGGGAAUUUGUGGACGAGUCGGUGCUGGGGGAGCAGCUCAAACCGUUUGUCGAGAAGAAGAUCAUGGAGUAUCUGGGUGUGCAGGAGCAGAUGCUGGUGGACGUGGUGGAGGAGCAUGUUCGGAAUCACGGACAUCCUCAAGAGCUGGUCGAGCAGUUAGAAGAGGCUCUCGACGAAGAGGCAGAAGUGCUGGUGAAGAAAUUGUGGCGGAUGAUCAUCUUCUUCUCGGAAAGCGAAAAGCGAGGUCUCUCUGCAUGA